AUGCUCUUGCUGUGCUGUGUCUCUGCUGUGAUGGCUAUUUUCCUCCAGCCUGCCUUAUCCAUUACCUACAACUGUUCUGAUCUGUACAACAGGGUCCCAGGUAAGUCCUGAGGGUUGAACCACACGGCUAUUCAGGGGUGGAAUUCCCCAUGUGAAAGUCUCAGGGGGAACUUUUUGACCUGAACAAUAAUUGAGACGUGCUGCCUGGUGAUCAGACAGUGGUAAGCUCACUGUGUGAUUCCUCCCAGCAGCUACUGUAGCCUACUAAUGAUUCUGUAUAUGUUUUAACCUCCACUACCUCUCCUCUGUGGCCCCUCAGACAACAACGACUUGACGGUGGACUGCGGGGCCAUUAUGAUCAACCUGAAGGUGAACCUGUGUUCGGCUCAGUGGGCAGGCUUUGACCCCGCUGGUCUGGCUCUGAAUGGAAAGCACAACAAGAGCCAGUGCCAGGGCUUGAUUGACACCAGCGUGGAUCCGCCUGUCAUCCAUUUACAUUUACAUCAUUUAGCAGACGCUCUUAUCCAGAGCGACUUACAUGAGCAAUUAGGGUUAAGUGCCUUGCUCAAGGGCACAUCGACAGAUUUUUCACCUAGUCGGCUCGGGGAUUAGAACCAGCGACCUUUUGGUUACUGGCACAAUGCUCUUAACCACUAAGCUACCAUCCGCUACCAGCUGCCUGUCAAUCACAGCCAGGAGAACCCCUGUCGCCAGUCACUGCAGUUGAGAGGGUUACUGUAACAGAGUGUCUUAGGUAAGGUGUACAUUUUAGGACGUCUGCAUAUUACAUGUCUUAGGUAAGGUGUACAUUUUAGGACGUCUGCAUAUUACAUGUCUUAGGUAAGGUGUACAUUUUAGGACAUCUGCAUAUUACAUGUCUUAGGUAAGGUGUACAUUUUAGGACGUCUGCAUAUUACAUGUCUUAGGUAAGGUGUACAUUUUAGGACAUCUGCAUAUUACAUGUCUUAGGUAAGGUGUACAUUUUAGGACGUCUGCAUAUUACAUGUCUUAGGUAAGGUGUACAUUUUAGGACAUCUGCAUAUUACAUGUCUUAGGUAAGGUGUACAUUUUAGGACAUCUGCAUAUUACAUGUCUUAGGUAAGGUGUACAUAUUAGGACGUCUGCAUAUUACAGUGCAUGCACAAUGAGAGAGUCAAAUCAAAUCAAAUCAAAUUGUAUUUGUCACAUGCGCCGAAUACAACAGGUGUAGACCUUACCAUGAAAUGCUUACUUACAAGCCAUUAAACAACAUUGCAGUUCAAGAAAUAGAGUUAAGAAAAUAUUUGCUAAAUAAACUAAAGUAAAAAAUACAAUCAAAAGUAACACAAUAAAAUAACAAUACCGAGGCUAUAUACAGGGGAUACCGGUACUGAGUCAAUGUGCGGGGGUACAGGUUAGUCAAGGUAAUGUGUACAUGUAGAUAGGGGUAAAGUGACUAUGCAUAGAUAAUAAACAGCAAGUAGCAACAGUGGGGGGGGGGGACGUCAAUGUAAAUAGUCCAGCUGGCCAUUUGAUUAAUUGUUCAGCAGUCUUAUGGCUUGGGGGUAGAAGCUGUUAAGGAGCCUUUUGGACCUAGACUUGGCACUCCGGUACCGCUUGCCGUGCGGUAGCAGAGAGAACAGUCUAUGACUUGGGUGACUGGAGUCUUUGAAAAAAGUUUGGGCCUUCCUCUGACACCGCCUAGUAUAUAGGUCCUGGAUGGCAGGAAGCUUGGCCCCAGUGAUGUACUGGGCCGUACGCACUACCCUCUGUAGCACCUUACGGUCGGAUGCCGAGCAGAAAAGGUGUUGUCGCGCCCUCUUCACGACUGUCUUGGUGUGUUUGGACCAUGAUAGUUUGUUGGUGAUGUGGACACCAAGGAACUUGAAAUUCUCGACCCGCUCCACUACAGCCCCGUUGAUGUGAAUGGGGGCAUGUUUGGCCCGCCUUUUCCUGUAGUCCAUGAUCAUCUCCUUUGUCUUGCUCACGUUGAGGGAGAGGUUGUUGUCCAGGCACCACACUGCCAGGUCUCUGACCUCCUCCCUAUAGGUUGUCUCAUCGUUGUUGGUGAUCAGGCCUACCACUGUUGUGUCGUCAGCAAUCUUAAUGAUGGUGUUGAAGUCGUGCUUGGCCACGCAGUCGUGCGUGAACAGGGAGUACAGGAUGGGACUAAGCAGGCACCCCUGAGGGGCCCCCGUGUUGAGGAUCAGCGUGGCAGAUGUGUUGUUGCCUACCCUUACCACCUGGGGGCGGCCCGUCAGGAAGUCCAGGAUCCAGUUGCAGAGGGAGGUGUUUAGUCUCAGGUCCUUAGCUUAGUGAUGAGCUUUGUGGGCACUAUGGGGUUGAACGCUGAGCUGUAGUCAAUGAACAGCAUUCUCACAUACAUGUAGGUGUUCCUUUUGUCCAGGUGGGAAAGAGUGCCUUAGUUACAGUGUAAAUUAGGAAAUCAUUAGGAUUUGGGCUUUUUAACUGUAUAUAAUGUGAACUGUGUCCGAGAUUAGCCCUCUGGUGGUUAUUUGAAAUAGGAAAAUGUUGUAAUAAUAUAAUAAUAAUAUGCCAUUUAGCAGACGCUUUUAUCCAAAGCGACUUACAGUCAUGCAUGCAUAAAAUUUUUUUUGUGUAUGGGUGGUCCCGGGGAUCGAACCCACUACCUUGGCGUUACAAGCGCCGUGCUCUACCAGCUGAGCUACAGAGGACCGUUGUGUAGCCUACUGUGAACUUUGCAAUUGUGUAAAAUGAUACUACCUUACCUUAUUAUAGAAUCGAAUGUAAAACAAACCUAAUAUUGAUGAGUUCUGUUUUCUGUACUAAUAACAAGGUGUUGAUCCUAUAUCAAUCCAAUCAAUCAUGAUCCUACAUUGAUCCAUCAUUGUGUUGAUCCUAUAUAAUUGAUCUAUGAUUCAUUGAUCUUAUAUCAACAACCGACUAGAUACCCCCUUUCCCUUUCAAUCACCAAUUCAUUGAUCCAUCAUUGUGUUGAUUGAGCCUAGAUCUUGAACGAGGGCCCGGAUGCCUCUGGUCCAUUCAGCUUUUUCUCCAGCAUCCAGUCGUUCAUCAUUACGGGCUACCUUGACACCCCCAAGUCCUCUGUGGGGAUCAUCCUCUACUAUCACUUCUCCUGCCGCUACCCGCUGGAGUACCUUCUCAACAACACACAGAUCGUGGCGUGAGUCUCGGCCCUCUAACUGUUUAUCAGUAAAAAUGUCCUUUAUUGAUCCCCAGAGGGUGAAUUGGGUUAUAUAGCUAGUGAGGUAGCUAGAUGUAGCUAGGUCAGCUGACAUAUAAAUGAACUAUGACACUUUCUCCUUCUUCUCUAACACCAGCUCUCUCUCACUUUGUCUAUCUUAGGUCGUCAGUCUCAGUGGCCACCAGUGACAACAAUGGCACGUUCAUCGACACCUUGAGUAUGAGUGUUUUUAAUGUGAGUGCAGGAUUCAAUUCCUAAUGUAUAAAAAAGCAUCCAUGAAUGGUCAGGGCUGUCUGAGAAGUAUAUAAUAUCUCAAGUACACUGUACUGCCUAUAGAAUGUUAUUACAAUGUAACUAUAUCUUAGCGACAUAUUGUAUAGUGUUAAUUGACUCUUACUCUUAUUUUACUCUACUAUUAGUCUUUUGAUUUGGAUAUUUACAGAAUAAAUCUCACUUGGGAUCUUCUUCACAAGUCUUUCUCUUCUCUACUGUUUGUUGUGUAGGACACUGAUUACGGCCACCCAUUGGUGAUUCCACCGACAGGACUUGAAUUGCGUUCCAAGGUUUACGUGGAGGUCAAGGCCACCAACCUCACUGGGAAGGAAGUCAACCUUAACUUAUCUACUGGGUCAAAUGUCAAUGAGUCCACACUCAUUUAAUGUAUUUUGUAUUGUAGUUUGUCAUAUCCUUUAUGUUCAUAUUUGUAUAUUCUAUAUUUUCAUUGUUGUGAAUAGAAUACACUCUUUUUUUAAACAAAUUGACAUGAUGAUUCUCUCUGUCUUCUCUUUCUCUCUCUCUGUCUUCUCUUUCUCAAUUUCUCUCUCUCUGUCUUCUCUUUCUCUCUUUCUCUCUCUCUCUCUCUCUCUCUGUCUUCUCUUUCUCUCUUUCUCUCUCUUUCUCUCUCUCUCUGUCUUCUUUUUCUCUCUUUCUCUCUUUCUCUCUCUUUCUCUGUCUCUGUCUCGCUCUCGCUCUCACUCACUCUCUGAUUCUCUCCCUCGCUCUCUCCUUCUCUCUCUCUCUCUCUCUCUCUCUCUCUCUCUCUCUCUCUCUCUCUCUCUCUCUCUCUCUCUCUCUCUCUCUCUCUCUCUCUCUCUCUCUCUCUCUCCCUAAAACAGUUUUAAUCUGUUACUUGACCACUGCUUUGCAACCCCAUCUGCGUACAACAUGUCAAACCAUGAGCGGCACAACUUCUUCACAGGGUUUGAUAAAAACCAUCCUCUCAUCAAUUUCAAAUAUAGAGAAAUAUGGAUGAUACAUUACAGCUCAAUAUAUUGAUUGUAAUAAGAAUGUGCUAAAUGACAAAGCACAUUCUUAUAAUCCUUAUUCACAGAUGCUCUGUUGAUCUACGCUCAUCAGUCACACGGAAUGGGAUUUCCAAGAAUUCCCGAUUCUCCUUUGAGGCAUUCCGCUUUGUGACGCACAAUAACCUGGAAAGGUCCAGUAUCUACCUGCACUGUAUCCUUUGACUGUGUGAGCCCAACAAGUGUCAGGAACUGGUUGAUGUAAGUGGAGUUCACCUACCUACACCAUUCUGACAUACCUUGUUCUCUACACUCAGUACCAUCGAUAAAACAGUGUUGACCUUGACCCAUCACAGCAACCUCGUCAAGAGAUCGGAUCUCUUGGUGAAGUGGCUAACGUGUUGGGUUGACAGUCACUGGACCCGAGUUCCAAGUCCCGGUCGGCGCUACCCCCUGAAUUCGCUGCAAUACUAUAAAUGGUUUGUAUAACCAUAAGAACUUGUCUUUGUCACAGGCUUGCAAUAGCAGGAGAAAGAGAUCACUGGAGCCUUUUGGAUCCGAGUCAGCGGAAUCAGCUACUGUUUCUUUGGGACCACUCUAUACUAGCAGAGAUGGUGAGAUCUGGAGUCAUCUGUUAACGAUUUUGUUCAACAUUAUGUCUGAGAUUCUGAUAUUCAGUAAUAAUGAUCACGGGUAGCAAGUCAUUCACUGGAGUUUAUAGAGUUAAAUGUUAUCAGUACCACUGCUACUCAAAUUCCAUUUCAACAAAUAAUAUGAUGUUUUCCCUCCCUGUUGUUUCUCCUACAGAGGAAAGACCUGCUGCAUUGGCAUAUAGUGAGUUAAAUGUUUUUGCUAAAUUAAAGUGUCAGAUGGUGAAUAUGUCUAGAUGGGAGCAUAAACGUGUCAUUUAAAGCACGCCCCAAACUAAAGCUCUACUUUUCCUCUGUGUGAUCCAGACAGCGGAGGGGUACAGUCAGGAGGUGACAGGGUUAACAUCACAGGGCUGGUGGUAGGGAUCCUCUUUGGCACCGCAGCCAUAGCCCUGGUGGUCCUAGGCAGCUGGUUUGUCCUCAAGAAGUUCUACUGGGCAGGCGGUCUGUCCCACGCCUUUGACUGA